GGCGGUUUAGCUGGGGCCGCAGAGCGGCGGCAACAUCACUCUCGCCGCGGCUGCUCCGCCCCAUCCCCUUCUGUUUUUCUCUCUCAUUCUCCGGUGGCGACGGCGGGGAAGGCGGAGGCAGAGGCUGCAGCAGCCGCGCUGGCUGCAAUGAAUGAUCCCCCAGCUGGGGGAGAGGACUCCAGGUGAGCCUCUGCCCUUGGGAGGGCCGGGACCCCCGGCCCCCCAGAACCUGCAGCACCCUUCCCCCCAUCCCCCGCCAUGGAUCUCUAGAGGAGGAGGACGAGAAGACAGCUCUGCCGCCCACCCCCAUCCCAUUUUCCUCUUCCUUUAUCUCAUUGUUGCCGUCGCUGUUUACGGCAGCGCUCCCUCUGCCCCAGCAUGGGGCGGGUUCUGGGUACUGCCGUUCGGCAGGCGCUGCUCCCGCGGCUGCCCGGCGAUUCUGCCUAAUUCUCCCUCCGCAGCCGGUGCAGCGAGGACCGGAGAGCGGUGGAGGCCCGGACUGCAGUAGCGGCGGGGCCAGCUCCCAGCAUCUCCACCCUAGGAGGCUGCAUGCGGAUUGAAGAACGGUGCCUGGGGGCUGGGCCGGCCCCGCUGAUCCCGACCUAGGGAGGACAGCAGGACUAACCAGGCUGCGGAGGGGGUCCGGGGGUGGGGGGUGUGCAGGAAGGACAGAGCAGCAAGAUGGCCAGUAAAACCAAGGCCAGCGAGGCCCUGAAGGUGGUGGCCCGGUGCCGCCCCCUCAGCCGGAAGGAGGAGGCUGCUGGUCACGAGCAGAUCCUGACCAUGGACGUGAAACUAGGCCAGGUGACCCUGCGGAACCCCCGCGCUGCCCUGGGGGAGCUGCCCAAGACCUUCACCUUCGAUGCCGUGUAUGAUGCCAGCUCCAAGCAGGCAGACUUGUAUGAUGAAACCGUGAGGCCCCUGGUAGACUCGGUGCUCCAAGGGUUCAACGGCACCGUCUUUGCCUAUGGACAGACAGGCACGGGCAAGACCUACACCAUGCAGGGGACCUGGGUGGAGCCCGAGCUCCGCGGGGUCAUCCCCAAUGCCUUUGAGCAUAUCUUCACCCACAUCUCGCGCUCCCAGAACCAGCAGUACUUGGUCCGGGCCUCCUACCUGGAGAUCUACCAGGAGGAGAUUCGAGACCUGCUCUCCAAGGAGCCCGGCAAGAGGCUGGAGCUGAAGGAGAACCCUGAGACAGGCGUCUACAUCAAGGACCUGUCCUCCUUCGUCACCAAGAAUGUCAAGGAGAUAGAGCACGUGAUGAACCUGGGGAACCAGACCCGGGCAGUGGGCAGCACACACAUGAAUGAGGUCAGCUCCCGCUCCCAUGCCAUCUUCGUCAUCACCGUGGAGUGCAGUGAGCGUGGCUCCGAUGGCCAGGACCACAUCCGUGUGGGCAAGCUCAACCUGGUGGACUUGGCUGGUAGCGAGAGGCAGAACAAAGCAGGCCCCAACACCACUGGAGGGACCGCCACACAGCCCACUGGUGGUGGCGGUGGUGGAGGGGGUGGUGGCAGUGGUGGAGAGAGGCCGAAGGAAGCCUCCAAAAUCAACCUGUCGCUGUCCGCCCUGGGCAACGUGAUCGCUGCUCUCUCGGGUAACAGGAGCACCCACAUCCCCUACCGGGACUCCAAGCUGACCCGGUUGCUCCAGGACUCUCUGGGGGGAAAUGCCAAGACCAUCAUGGUGGCCACCCUGGGGCCAGCCUCUCACAGCUACGACGAGAGCCUCUCCACCCUGCGCUUCGCCAACCGGGCCAAGAACAUCAAAAACAAGCCCCGGGUAAACGAGGACCCCAAGGACACACUUCUGCGGGAAUUCCAGGAGGAGAUCGCCCGCCUGAAGGCCCAGCUGGAGAAGAAGGGGAUGCUGGGAAAGCGACUCCGCAGGAAGAGCAGCCGCAGGAAGAAGGCCGUGUCAGCCCCAGCCGGGUACCCGGAGGGACCGGUGAUCGAGGCCUGGGUAGCCGAAGAGGAGGAUGACAACAACAACAACCACCGCCCGCCCCAGCCCAUCCUGGAGACAGCCUUGGACAAGAACAUGGAGAACUACCUGCAGGAGCAGAAGGAGCGGCUAGAGGAAGAGAAGGCGGCCAUCCAGGACGACCGCAGUCUGGUGAGCGAGGAGAAGCAGAAGUUGCUGGAGGAGAAGGAGAAGAUGCUGGAAGACCUGCGGCGGGAGCAGGAAGCCACGGAGCUGCUCGCUGCCAAGUACAAGGCCAUGGAGAGCAAGCUGCUCAUCGGGGGCAGGAACAUCAUGGAUCACACCAAUGAGCAGCAGAAGAUGCUCGAACUAAAGAGGCAGGAGAUUGCCGAGCAGAAACGCCGUGAGCGGGAAAUGCAGCAAGAGAUGAUGCUCCGGGACGAGGAGACCAUGGAGCUCCGGGGCACCUACACAUCCCUGCAGCAGGAGGUGGAGGUCAAAACCAAGAAACUCAAGAAGCUCUACGCCAAGCUGCAGGCGGUGAAGGCGGAGAUCCAGGACCAGCAUGACGAGUACAUCCGCGUGCGGCAGGACCUGGAGGAGGCGCAGAAUGAGCAGACCCGGGAACUCAAGCUCAAGUACCUGAUCAUCGAGAACUUCAUCCCCCCAGAGGAGAAGAACAAGAUCAUGAACCGGCUUUUCCUAGACUGCGAGGAGGAGCAGUGGAAGUUCCAGCCCCUUGUUCCUAGUGGAGCCAAUAGCAGCCAAAUGAAGAAGCGGCCAACGUCUGCAGUGGGAUACAAGAGGCCGAUCAGCCAGUAUGCUCGGGUUGCCAUGGCAAUGGGGUCCCACCCCAGGUACAGGGCUGAGAACAUCAUGUUUCUGGAGCUGGAUGUGUCCCCGCCAGCGGUCUUUGAGAUGGAAUUUUCUCAUGACCAAGACCAAGACCCCCGUGCACUACACAUGGAGAGGCUGAUGCGGUUGGACAGCUUUCUGGAAAGACCUUCCACGUCUAAAGUCCGGAAGUCCAGAUCCUGGUGCCAGAGUCCCCAGCGGCCUCCACCUCCCACCGCACACGGCUCGCUGGCCGCCGCUGCUGCUCUGCGCCCCACGACAGUGCUCGACCACGAGUGACAACCUUCCGUCGGGCUUGCCCCGUCCUCCCCCCGCCCAGACCCCUAGGGACGGGGUGGCCAACCCUGGCUCAUCUCGCUGCCGCUCGAUGUGCGUGCGUGCGUGUGCGUGUGUGGGCGCAUGUGCGUGUGCGUAUGUUGGGGGAGGGACCCCGGCAGGCGUGCUUCUGCCGGCUCUUAGCCUCUUUUAUUUAAUUAAUGUUAUUUAUUCGUGGAACUCAGUUCGUGUGGGAAAGGAGCCCUCGCCUGACCCUGCCGUGCUCACCGCCCAGCCACCACCUCCUCUUGCCUUUAGACCCCACCCCGCUGCCCCAGUCAGCCCUCACUCUCCUUCCGGUCAGCUGCGCCCAGAAGGGAAGACGCAGGUGCCUGUGUGUGUGUUUUUCUACCUGGCUUGUCCCGGAAUCUCCCAUCUCCUGUGCCGCCGGUGAGCAGCUGCUGAGCGCUUUCUGGGACUAGAGAAAUAGAAGAUGUGUGCUGAGGCCAGAAGACAUCCAUCCUGCCGAUGGUGAGCGUGUGCUUCGGGUGGAGGGAGAGCCCCACUCUCCGCUUUCCGGGCUUCAAACAGCCUCGUUCCACUUCUCGGGCUCCUUACCAAGGACUCCAGUGACCCCAUCUGCGCAGCCCAUGCUUUUCAGCUUUGGCAAGAACUCAUGGCUUCCCGAACUGUUUCCUGCCCACCUUCCCAACUCGGGGAAGGGAACUGUGAACCGACCAGUCGCUGCCUCCUCGGGACCUCCGGGAUAUGGAACAGUAAUGGAGACAGUGUGGACAGUCAUCAAGGGACGUCCAUUUGUUUCCAUUCCCUCUGAGAAGUCACUUUGGCCGACAAGGAAUCCGGCCAACUCUCCAUCUUUGAGAUGCUGCUGCUUCCAGCCCUCAUCAUUCCCUGCAGCUGCCUGUAUCCCCGCUACUAGUGGGAGGAUCAGUGUCCUCCCUCUGGCUAAACAAAGGCAACGGAAUCUGAUGCUUCUCCCCGCUCAUGGAGCACAGGAGAUGGAGACCCAGGCACAACCUGCCAACUCUGCCCAUUGCCCCUGUUCCUGAAUCAGAUUUGUUGGGCACUGUUUUGUUGACAAGACUGACCCUUCAGCAUUGUGCAAAUUGGUCCCUAAGGAAAUCCUUUCACUUCCUUUUGUGACAUCCCAAGAUGUCUCCGGGUAUCUCGGGUAAAUUUCUACCAAAAAGAAAGAUAAAUUGUCAUUGACUUACCUUUUAAGUGUAUAUUUUGGUGGAAGAAUGAAGAGGUAGUCAUGAAUGAAAACACAUAGUUUGGGACUGAAAAACGACCUAACAUGGAGUCUCCAGUUACUAGAAUAUGAGGAGUUUAGUCACUGGGGAAAGGCAUGAAGCUGACAGGGCUGCCUGAAAUCUGGUGUGUGGGAGGUGGCGGUGGGGAGUGGCUACCUGGUUAUUCUCUUUCCAUCAGGAAAUGAACCCUUCUUGGACACAGCUCAGUUUCUGCCCUGAAGACCAAACUGUGGUUUGGUUUACUUCAAUGAUGUUGUCAUUGCUGCUGUAACUAUGAUGCCAGGUGGUUGGGCCAUUCAUUUUCCACUGGCUCCUGUCCUUCAAGGAAACAACAUUUUUCAUCAGAGCCCAGAAGAUGGUUUGAGACUCAGGAUUCAGAUCAGAGAUUCGGCUGUGGCUAGGAUAGGAGUGGCGUGUAGAAAUUUUCCAGGUGGCCUGGGCGCAGAGGGACCUCCAGGCCUGCAUUGAGCAGCCUCUCCCAGUGAUCUCUUUCUUGUUUGUGGAUGAAGCCUCAUGUGUUACCCUUAUUCAUCACUUGGACACAUCGACUGCAUUGUCUGCUCACUUGACCCUCACAGUCUUAUAGCACAAUGUACCCAACUUCCCCACCCUCAGUUGGAGGCCUGGGCCCAAGGUGUGGUCAGAGGAGGAGUUCCUGCCUGCAGUUUGUGUAUGUGUGUGUGUGUGCGCGUGUGUUUAUGUGUGUGUGUGUGUUUACCUCCACAGGGGACACUUUACACUCCGUGUAAGAUAUGCUGGGAACAGGGCCACCGGGGUGGCUGGAUCUCAGUCUCUCCGUCUCUCUUUCUCUUCUUUUCCUUUUGAUGUAUCCAACACUUGGUUGACAAAGUAAGGGCCUUGAUUAGGACCAAAUUUCCAUGUCUAUUGCUAUGGUCUUUAUUUAGGACAGCGAUUAACAAGGCAGUGGCCCAUUCUUUUCACUCUAUACAGCUGACGAUACAGGACAUAUGUAAUAUAUAAAUAUAUAUAUAAAACAUUACCCUCUGUCUCCUUGGCUUAGGAUGAGAUCUCUCUGUCAAGCUGAAAUGCACCUGCAGCUCAAUGCUGCCAGCAGCCUGCAGGCCCCAGCCCUGUUCAAAUUAACACAGUCGAUAAUAAAGGAAUGAGUAUCGUUACAAAGUU